AUGACUCCUGAGAUAUAUCUUCGGUACCGACGUUGGACGGACGUUCAUACACACCUGUAUCACCACGCCCAAGGCGCGGAUAGUGCGUACGAGGACCAUCGCUACUGUCACCAACCAAUAAUGAGGGUGCGCAAAAAUAUGACAAAGAUCAUCAAGACUAUGAGGGAGAAGUGCGGCUGGGAUGGCAAGUUCGUUUUCGUCCACCAUGGACACGACGGCGAGGACCGGCGCAAUUCCGCAGAGCAGGGAACGAAGAUCGGCUUGAUCGUAACAAAGGGACAUGAGGAUAUCGUGCAUGUUUGGACAUGCUACAUCCCUGGUCGAUUGGACGAAUGA